AUGGUGAGCCCAAGCAUCAAUGCCAAGAACAAUAUUAAUAACAUCAAGAUCGACAGCUUUAAUAAUAUCAUUAACGAUAGCAGCAUCAACAACAUUAAAGAUAGCAGCAUCAACAACAUUAAAGAUAGCAGCAUCAACAACAUUAAAGAUAGCAGCAUCAACAACAUUAAAGAUAGCAGCAUCAACAACAUUAAAGAUAGCAGCAUCAACAACAUUAAAGAUAGCAGUAUUAACAGCAUUAAAGAUAGCAGUAUUAACAGCAUUAAAGAUAGCAGUAUUAACAGCAUUAAAGAUAGCAGUAUUAACAGCAUUAAAGAUAGCAGUAUUAACAGCAUUAAAGAUAGCAGUAUUAACAGCAUUAAAGAUAGCAGUAUUAACAGCAUUAAAGAUAGCAGUAUUAACAGCAUUAAAGAUAUCAGUAUUAACAGCAUUAAAGAUAGCAGUAUUAACAACAUUAAAGAUAGCAGCAUCAACAACAUUAAAGAUAGCAGUAUUAACAACAUUAAAGAUAGCAGCAUCAACAACAUUAAAGAUAGCAGUAUUAACAGCAUUAAAGAUAGCAGUAUUAACAGCAACGUUCACAUUUGCACCUUCAACAGCAACUCCUCCAUCGACCAAGCAGCAACAGCGUCUCGCAGACAAAACUUUCCUGAUAGGACGUCAGGAAAACCCUACUGA